ACUUUUAAUUUCACUACUCCCUCCACAUCACUAUUUACUCUCUCUCUCUCUCUCUCUCUCUCUCUCUCCAUGGUAUAUAUAUAUAACCCCUGAUCACUUCAUACUCUCAUCCUUCACUUCCUCCACCUUGUUACUUAAUCUUACUAGUGCUCUCCUAGCUAGGUCUCUCACUAUAUAUUCACACUAACACAUAUAUACAUUCACAUAUACACAUUCAAAAGAACAUAAAUAUAUUGGAACAGCUAGCUAUAGCCAUGGUUGUCCCUUCCCCGACUCCGGCGCGCAGCGUUGCGGCCGGAGCCCUCGGCAUCCCCUCGAUCGACCUCUCGCAGAGGAGGGACCGCGUCGCGAAGCUCAUCGCGAGAGCCUGCGAGGAAGUAGGGUUCUUCAAGGUGAUCAACCACGGCGUUCCGACCGACGCCAUCGCCCGGAUGGAGGCCGCGGGCUUCGACUUCUUCUCCCUUCCGGCCCACGAGAAGCAGAAGGCCGGGCCGCCGAACCCCCUGGGGUAUGGAAGUAGGAAUAUAGGGUUCAAUGGUGACACAGGAGAGCUGGAGUACCUCCUCUUGCAUGCAAACAACCCUUCUUGCUCUCAAAAGGCAAAGAUGAUAAAUAGGAAGGACCCAUUAAAAUUCAGCUGUGUGGUGAAUGAGUAUGUGGAGGCAGUGAGGCAGCUUGCAUGUGAGAUACUGGAGAUGCUGGGGGAAGGACUGAGGCUGAGGGAUUGUGGGGCUCUCAGCAGGCCCAUAAGAGACUGUGACAGUGACUCCCUUGUCAGAAUUAACCACUAUCCCCCUUGUUACUGUACCAACAAAAAAGUUGAGGAUGAGUUAUGCACUACUACUACAACUACUACUACUACUACUAAUACUGUUGCUACUGCUACUGCUACUGCUACUGCUAUUGCUGCUGCUGCUGCUGCUGCUGCUAAAAGCAGUAGUACUAUGGUAAUGAACAAUAGCAGCAAGCACAAGAUCAGCAGGGUCGGAUUCGGGGAGCAUUCGGACCCUCAGAUCAUCAGCAUCCUCCGGUCGAACGGCGUCGACGGGCUCCAGGUACUGCAGCCUGCAGCAGCUGCUGCAGGGGGCGAGGCCGGCGGGGGAGGCGUGUGGGUCCCGGUCGCAUUCUUCAUCAACGUCGGCGAUCUUCUCCAGGCAAUGACAAAUGGGAGGCUAACUAGCAUAAGGCACAGGGCCAUGGCAAACUCCUCAUACAAAUCAAGGCUCUCCAUAAUCUUCUUUGGUGCCCCUCCCCUCCACUCACUCAUCUCCCCUCUCCCCGAGAUGAUCACCGCGGAUUCGCCGCGCCGAUACCGACCCUUCACCUGGGCCGAGUACAAGAAGACCAUGUACUCCCUCCGGCUCAGCCAGGACCGGCUCGACCUCUUUCGAACCGACCGAAAUGACGAACUCACCGACCUCGCAGAUCUAGACUGACUGUUUUUUCUUCUAUUCGGUUUUGCCGUCUCGGCCCAGUUUUUAGUUACUGCAACUUCCGACCGAAAUAUACAUGUGCGGACCAAAAUGCCCCUAGCUAGAAUGCGAAUCGCGCACAUUUAUCAUUAGGUAAGCUAGGGACAUUUUGGUCCAUAAAACAAGAAUUUUUUUUGGGAGUGGAGGGGGGUUGCGAAGUUGCGAUAACAUAAAAAAAGUGGACCGAACUGCAAAAUUUAGAAGAUACCCUUCUUUAUAAUGGGUGUUCUCUUUUUUGGGAGUUAGUAUUAGUUAAACCCCAAAUUUUGGCUUUGGUUACCAGAAGGUGAAGAGAAAUGCAAUAGGGGAGAACACCAAGCUAGGUCACAUUGUAUGUAAUAUUGUAUGUAGAGCAAUUUAGCUGUGUGUGUUUAAAUUAGGAUAUGUAGGUAUAGUGAGUUAGUAAUUAGGUUGUAAUAUAUUCAUGCUAAUGUUAUGAAAAUGGCUUUUAUGUAAUUCUAUGCUCCCUUCUAGUGAUUGUAACUGCU